AUGGUUCUACUCAUAUCUGCUGAGAAUAUUACCACCUGGGAACAAAUGGAAACCGCUUUUCUGAAUGAGUAUUUUCCAGCUUCAGUUUUCCUCAGGAAAAGAUACGACAUCAUGAACUUCAAACAAAAAGAAGGCAAAUCACUUGGUGAUUUAUACAAACAAUUCAAGAAGAUACUUGUUGCUUGUCCUACACACAACUUGGAUCAAACAGAGCAAAUACAGAUGUUUGUCAAUGGUCUCCGACUAAAAACUAAACAAUUGAUUGAUACAACAGCCGGUGGCUCAUCAAACUUCUUAAUAGCCACAGGUAUUAAAAAGAUCAUUGAAGCAAUAACUGAAAAUGAGCACUUGGAGUUAUAUGAUAUGUGUUCAAGCAAAUCUGAAGGAACUAUUGAUCUGAACCUUGAAACCAAUAAAAUAAGAAUCAAAGACACAAUUGCUGCAGAAGUGGAUAAGAAACUAAAGGCUGUGAAUAUUGGACCUCAUUUGACUGUAUAUUGUGUUGCAAUUGUGCAACAAAUUGAAGAUAUCAAAUUUCUAAAGCAGAACAACCCUUACUCUAACACUUAUAAUCCAGGGUGGAAGAAUCAUCCAAAUUUUUCCUGUUCUAGAAUACCAGGUUCCUUACCAAGUGAAAUAGUACAAAAUCCAAGAAAUCGUGAGAAUGUUAAUGUUGUCACGAUAAGAAGUAAGAACACUGCUAAAGAUGAAAAAGUUAUACCAUCCAAAAAGCCAACUGAAGAGAAAAAUAAAAAGGAAACUAAACCUGUGAUUAAGUUACCAUAUCCUCUGAGAGUAACAAAGAAGGAACCUAAAGAGACAGACUUUGAGAAAUUCAUGACAAUGUUCAAAAAGAUUGAGAGUCAUAUGCCAUUUUUUGAAGCACUCGAGCAAAUGCCCAUGAAGCUAGAGGUAGAAAAAGAACAUCACUAUCAAGUAGGAAUGAUACGGACAGAUGUGAAAAGGCAAAGUAACAUACCAACAUCAGAAAAAGACGCAAGAAGGUAUUCUCAACUUCCACCACCUCCAUUAGCAACUACAAAUUAA